AACUCUGUUGGAAUGCGUCAAAGCUAGUUCUUGCCUCGUCUUUGCGGAGUUUCAACGUCCAAAAUGCGAAGCCUUACUUUUGUUUUGUUAGCCGCGAUCCUUGGAACCGCUCUCGCAGUGGGACAAUAUUACGUGCCGCGUUCCUACUACACGAUCGACUCCGAUGGGCAUGAGUCACAACCGGUACCUCUGCGGAGAUUAAGGAGGUCGCUUAACCCUUACCCCUAUUCGUACAACCAGGGAGCAGAAGGAAGUGCUGACGUCAGCGGAGGUGCUUUAACACGUACAAAGGCGAAGGCACGUUCCCGUACUAUAACAAGAAGCCGGGGCAGCGGUGUUGGCGAUUGGGGUGUGCCCGCCGGAGAAUUCGGAGAUAAUCUGAAUGUUCUCAGGCACUGAGACCGCAAAUAUAUAGGUAAAUUAAAUAGCAAAAACAUGGUGACGGCAACAUACUUCCUUCUAUUAAAAUUGUAUGAGCAUUUUCGUUUAUAAACUAUUUUCCAUCAGUUGCAAGCUUACACCAUCCAUUAUAGAUGUGCAUCGAUGUUUUGCAACUGCCGGAAGAUUUAUUUAUUGAAUAAAACUAAUAUUCUAACUUUAGUAAAAUUUUAACGAACUAAAUCUUUUUUGUGACUUUUCUCAAUAAAAAAAUU